CAUGCUCUGGAAUGUUAAACAAUGGGUAAACAGUGAUCUCUAUUCAUUUGAGAGUCRUUAAAAUGAGCAUCAGAAGUAAGUGCAAAUUAGUUCUAUCUUUAAACAUUGGAUGCUGGCGAUCCGUCGAACUACAAUUCGAAGGUCCAAUGUUUUUAUAAAGUUUUUAUAAAGCGGAUUUCUAUGGUGUGUUUUGCUAAAGACAGAUACAAACUUAUAUGGCGCAAAAAUCAUCUUCAACCUCCGAGCUUACARUUGAUGUGACAUGCACUCCAAGAAACAGAGCAAACUUGAGGCGACUCAAAACAAGUAGCAUACAGAGCUUUCAACGAUGGGAAAAAGAAAAUGAAUUGCUUUAUGCUAUGAUAGAGGAUGAGAGUGCUUGGUUAUUGAGUUUAUUUCCAGACGCUUUCAUCACUCCAGAAUUAUUUUUCUACGCUUUGGAAGAUGGGGUUAUUCUGUGUCUCCUUGCAAACUUUAUCCAAGAAAUGGCUGAGAUUUAUGGGGCAAGAACUGGAAAAAGUGUACCAGGGAAAAAGUUUAUUUUCCACAACUYCAAGAAGGGAACCAGGGAGUCAAAGUUGUUUCACUCGCGCGAAAAUGUCGAUAAGUUUCUGACGUGGUGCCGGUGGCAUGGUAUUCCUGAAGCCAUUUUAUUCGAAUCCAAUGAUGCGGUUCUGGUAGACGAGUGCAGAACCGGAGGUCGAGAAAUUGUGAUCUGUUUAAUGGAAAUUGCACGGAGGUCUUCGCAAUACGAARUAGAAGUCCCUCAGAUGAUUAAGCUAGAACGAGAAAUAGAGGAAGAGGAGCUGUUUGAAGAUUAUGCUGAAGAGCAACAUGUUCUACUACCUUUAGCAACUUUAAAUACGGAGACAACACGAGGAGAUAGGAGCCCAAUAGACUCGGAUUCAGGUGUUGAAUCAGUGUUUGAAGAAGGAGAUCCAGUCAGCCCACGUUUAUCGGAAUUCGUAGCUGAUGAGGCUAAAAUCGUACUUAAAAGCAAGAGUAUUAAUAAGUUUGAAGUAGAAAAAAAGCCACAAAGAGUCGUACAAAAGGAGGAAAGGCACUCAAUACUUGAGACAGAGCUUGACAGAAAGGUUUGUAAUAUUGCACAAGAAUACAAUAUAAAAAUUGUUCAUAGACUGAAAGAAGGAAAAUAUAUCAUACUUGGAAAAACUAUGUUUGUAAGGAUGUUGAAUGACCAUCUGUUAGUAAGGAUUGGAGGUGGCUGGGAUACCCUAGACCAUUAUGUUAUGACUCAUGCUUCAAAGUCAACAGCUGCAGAAGGAGUAAAAGCUACUCCACAUUCAAGUUCUGACCGGAUAUCAUCUGGAGUUUGGAGUAGGUUUGUUGAUAAAGUAAAACGCCGAGAUAGUCAGCCAAAUUUAACAGAAUCACCUGUUAUCAUUUCCAAGAGGGAAAGACCUGACAGUUCGCCAUCAGUUUAUAGGCUUCGUGAUCGAGUAAGAAAGAAAUUGUCUGUAACAGAUAAAGACGAGAAAGAUAUUUCUGACGCUAUUCGUAAGAUUGAAUCAUCUUUAACGGUAAAAUCGUCUUACUCGCCGUCUUUUACGUCAAAGACAUUUUUUCAACUGAAAAAUCGGUUUGAAAAAGGACGAAAAAGUUCACGUGAAAAGUUAUUUGACAACGAAGAAAGAAAGAAAAUGGCUGACCAAACUGUUGUAACGAUUACUGGCGAGCAGCAGAAGGAAACGGAGACAAAAGUAGAAGAGAUUAACACUAGUAUGUUGCUGGAAUUAGAAAAAACUCGAGAAGCUACAGAAGAGCUCGCUACUAGCACCACAACCAGUGAGACGGAAUUUUAUAUGAAUGAGUUUAGCUCUCAAAAGCAGGCCGAAGAAAGUUUCUCUCCAACGGAUGAUUUCCUUUCGUUUAAUCAGCAAGCACGGCAAAUCCCGACUUCAGAUUCUGUUGACUUACUUUCCAAUGACAACCCGCCUUUAUUUUCAAGUGAAGCACUACAUCCAGAACAAGUAAGAGACGAAAAACAAGUCGAGAUAGAGAAAGUUGUGGGAGAAGAAAGUCUGGUUGAAAUACCCUCUUCAACCGACCAAGAAGCUCCUAAAAGCGCCACCGAUUUCCUUGCAAAAAUAGCUCAAGCAAUAGAAUCGGAACCGAGUGCGAAUUUUGCUGAAACCAAAGAGACAACAGCAGCUCCUUCUGACUUCGUACCCGACGACAAAGAAGCGAAAACAGACCAUGAAAAGCAGCUGGAAAAUGUUCUUCAAGAAAGUCCUGCUGGUAAACAGGCAGAUUUUGGAAAAGUUGCCGGAGAAUCUGAUGCCAUCGAAGUUUCGUCUGAAUGUAAAGACCUAGAGUCUGCUUCUCAAGCGUACGAUGUACCAGAGCUGUACCACGAAGAACAACAACCAGGUGUUAAUGAUCAUCCACAAAUACCACUUGAACAAACUGGGGCAAUUUCAGAAAAAAUACAGCAAGAGGACGACGGACUGCCAGAGCAAUUAACAAGUGACAAAGUCACUUCUUUGGAAAUGGAAGUGGAAAUCGCAACAGUUUCUAGAGAGGAUGAGAAACUUGAAGAAGCUGAUCGGCCAACACAAAUGAUUCGUGAAGAUCUUUUCAAAAUUGAUAAGGAAAAAGAACCUGAAUACUCUGGACCUCAAGUGCCAGGAGAUUUCCGGAUGCCUAUACAAUGGGAUAAGGAUGUAGUUUCUAAAGCACAGGAAAAAUCCGAUGAAUGUGAACGACCAGUACAAAACACUGAUGAAGUAUCCCAGAAUGCAAGCUUUGAGCAAGACAAAUUGCCAGGUUUAAUUUCUGUAGUACAAGAUGAAAAAACAGUCCAAGAAGACAAACAGAUGGCAAGAAAUGUUGAAAUAGAGGAUGAGAAACUUGAAGAAGCUGAUCGGCCAACACAAAUGAUUUGUGAAGAUCUUUUCAAAAUUGAUAAGGAAAAAGAACCUGAAUACUCUGGACCUCAAGUGCCAGGAGAAGAUGUCCGGAUGCCUAUACAAUGGGAUAAGGAUGUACUUUCUAAAGCACAAGAAAAAUCCGAUGAAUGUCAACGACCAAUACAAAUCACUGAUGAAAUAUCUCAGGAUGCAAGCUUUGAUCAAGACAAAUUGCCAGGUAUAAUUCCUGUAGUACAAGAUGAAAAAACAGUCCAAGAAGACAAACAGAUGGCAAGAAAUGUUGUUAUAGGUGAAGCAGCACUGAAAGGCGAAAGUUUAGUGAGUCCAGCCGCAGAGACCGAGACAAUACCUCUUGCAGAAAAGCCAAAAGCUGGGCAAGAUAGAAAAGAUCAAAAAGAAGCCAAUAAGAUCCUAGCCGAUACUUCUUCGGCUACUAUGGACCAUAAAAAGAACACAAAAAAGGCUCCUACAACGAGGAAAGAGAAUGUCAAAGCUGCAAACAGCUCGAUUUCCAAAAAUCUAACUGGACGCAAAAAGGAAGAUCAGAAAGCAGAACGGUCUAAGGAAUCUACUACAAAACCUCCAUCUACUGAUAAAACAGCGAAGCCCACUUCGACUACAACCGCGCUAAAGACAAAGACUGCAUCAGCAGUAACCAAUGCUCGUUCAACUUCUGCUACUAAAAGACCAGUCAGUGCGCAAACCCAGAAAACAGGCAUUGGUGCGUCAAAAGCAGGUGCGACUAAGACCAUCCCGAAGACAACCCCUAGAUCGAGUGAGUCUAGGAGCCCUCCUGGCACAACUACCGGUAAGCUAACUACUGCCAAAGACAAAAAGCCUUCUGCAUCAAGUAGAAUACAGAAGUCGAAGGCUGUAGAAUCAAGACCGCUUAGUGCAGUAUCAACCAAGUCAACCGAUAAGAAAGACAGAAAAGUAGAAGCUACUGCUCGGCCACUCAGCGCGAAAAUGAAGCCAGCCUCUUCUGGUACAACCAAAACAACCGCCAAGAAAAUAACGACCACUACAAAAACGACGAGUGGUCCUGUGUCAAAGUUUGAGGUCUCUAAGACCACCACUAUUGGGAGUGGAAUUACGUCUAAAACUAAAACAACAGUGAAGAAAAGUACAGAAUCUGGAGGGAAAACAAAGGCUUCAAUAGAUGGAAUGCCGCAACAGAAAGCUUCAGCUCGGAAUAACAGUAGUGAAAUGAAAAGGGACAUACAUGGAAAACCUGGUUCUGCUUCGCUGAAAUCGAAACCACCAAGUGCUACAACAAGAGGGAAACCAGGAAACGUUAUGGGAAAAGGAAAACCAACUUCCGAAAGGCCUAAAAGUCCUGCGAAAGGGACAGCCAAGAAAUCUGCACCUACAAAAGACGAAACAACUGCAUCUGCACCACCAGCUGCUACUGAGUCACCAGCUAUUUCUUCACUUCAACAAGAAGCAUUGGACUUCAUGACAACACCUGACAUAAGUGCCGCUUCAAAAGAAAAUGUCACUACAGUAAUGCAAUGCACUGAGGUGAUUAAAGAUGACGGAGAAACAAAGGUUCUUCAUACAAAGGAAGUUACGGAAAGAGUCUUGGAGAACGGGGAACAACAAACGAUCACUAAAGAAACUGUUGUAGAAGAGAGUGGAUAACCACACGAAAUGAAGAUGUGAAAGAUGAACAAUCUCAGAUUAUAAUUUAAUAGGUAAAUAAAGAUUUCACCAGAAAAUGUUUUAUAGAAUUCAGUCAAUAAAUUAAUAGCUGCUUGUUUGUCGUAUAAAGAGCAGAAAAAAAUUAAAUGUUAUUAGACUAAGAACGUUUGGUUUUUAAUUUUGUGCUCAUGUAAAACUGCAUGAUUAAAAAAACAGUUAAAGUAAAAGAUAAGCUUUUCUUGCUACGGAUUCAACCAUAGUGUGUCAAUUUUUCAGUCACGCUUUUCGAACAGCACAAUACGUAAAGUAUAGGGGGGGGGGGGGGGUGAUUUUUUUCCUGGCUUCGAAAACUGAUAUCUUUCAGUGAGGUUUCUUCGUGAAGGAAUAACAUUUUCUUCAACGGAAAGUGUAAGUGAUGUUUAAUCGUUAUUCAGUGAUUCAUAGGCUGAAAAAUAGAAUUGUAAUAAAGCCAACUCGGUCACAUUAGCGUUACAUUUAAUGCAUAAUCUGUAUUUAAAAUAAAUACAUUUUACAUCAUUUAAA